AUUUAUGUACCUAGAACAAUUAGAAGAAGAAGCAGAAUAAUGGAUUUUUUACAGUUUCGAUUUCAUAUUACUCUAUUAUUUUUGUUUACGAGUAGUGCAGUGCUAGCAGUACCAUUAUUAGCAAAGCCUAAUUGCCAAUCACGUUGCGGAGACGUUGAAAUCCCGUACCCUUUCGGAAUUGGAGCAGGCUGUUACAUUGACGACUGGUUUCAAAUAACAUGUGUCAACUCAACCAAACCUUUCUUGAACAACAUCGAUCUAGAGGUGCUAGAAAUUUCUGUUAAGGGUACACUAAAGGUUGUAAACCCAAUUACGUUCUCUUCCAACUGCGGUACUAAUAAGCCUAUUCGCCAAUCGGCCAACUUGGAGGGAAGCCCUUUUGUGUUCUCCCAGAAGAACAUAUUCACUGCAAUGGGUUGCGGCGUUAUGGCCAUGAUCACUUCAAACUCAAAUGGCUCUACCGUUUCAGCCGGCUGCAAGUCCGAAUGUGACAAUAUUUCAACAAAUGUGAAAAAGAAUGGAGUUUACUUCUGCCAGACCCCCAUCCCUUGGUUUCUCUCUGCCUUCACUACUGCUUUCCAGGUUUAUGAUGAUUAUACAAAAAGUACUAAUUCAUGCAGUUACGCAUUUUUGGUAGACCAUGACUGGUUUCAGUGGUUUCUCAACAAUUCAACAAAAAAUAUUUCUACCAUCAGUGACAUGGACAAUGUCCCUGUCAUGCUAGACUGGAACUUAUAUCAUUCGACGGUCGAUGUAUUUGGAGUCAUGGUAAAAGUAAAUCCGAGAUCUUUGGGUUCCGAAUCAUCCUUCUAUUGCCAAAGUCAUAAUGACAGCUCCUCAAUACAUGAAUCCUCAUUCAGGCUGGAAUGUUUCUGCAAUUGGGGCUAUGAGGGAAAUCCCUAUCUCCCACAAGGAUGUCAAGACAUAAAUGAAUGUGAGGCUGGGAACCAUUGUACUGGAGGCUCCAUAUGUAAGAACCAUGUUGGGUAUUAUGAAUGCUACCCACCACAUAGAAAUUCUUGGCUUAAAGUGGUCUUUAUAGGUAUCGGCAUCGGUCUUGGGCUAUUGUUUCUACUCGUUGGUGCUUGGUGGUUGUAUAAAGUCGUUAGAAUUAAACUCAAGGAGAAGUUUUCGCAACAAGAUGGCAGUUUAUUGAUGGAACUACAGCAUUUAUCUUCUGGUGAAGUCAACUUGGAUAACCGUCAAUCACCCUCUUCCUCCUCUCCCUCUACCUCACCUCCCGCCACCACUUCCGGGCCUAGAAGGCCCAGCCCAAGCCCGCCGCCGCCGUCCAGCUGGUUCCGCCGAACUACAUCCACCACUGCGAGGUUCGAUUUCUUCCCGAGUUCUUCGAUUCUUGCUCGAACUCGACGGUUUUCGAGUGGAGCGGCUGCAGCAAUUUCGCCCAUUGGACCCCUGUGCGAUUCUGAAGCCGACGAUGUCAAUCUUGGUGAGAUGGAUGCAUCGUCGUCGUUAAAUCUAACGAAGAAGAAUGAUAUUUGCAUGUGGCAUAUUUUCAGCAUUUCGCUAGAAAGUCACCAAAAUUUUAGGGCUACUAGAAAAUAUGGUGCAGAAGCAGAAAAUACAAAAUUGAAAAAUUAUUUGAGAAAAAUCAACAUCACUCAUCUUCUCUUCUGUUAUAGUGAACUCGUCAAAGUCAGACUAGAAAUGGAUUGGCAACAAAGAAAGAACUGGUCUGGAAUUUUAGAAUGCUGGAGAAUUUUAUUAACCUGCUUGAAAUGUUCCAUCUAUCGUGGAAGGUGCAGAGAAAUCAGCAGGAAGUUACUAGCAGUAUCAUCAUCACAGAAACCGCCCAUAGCAAAGCUUAACUGUCAGUCUCAUUGUGGAGACAUUGAAAUCCCGUAUCCCUUUGGAAUUGGGGCAGGUUGUUUCAUUGACGACGACUGGUUCCAAAUAAUCUGUGACAACUCUACUGGCAAUCCCACUCCUUUCUUGAACCGUGCUAAUCUGGAGGUCCUCAAUAUUUCUGCUGAAGGAGGUACGCUAAGGGUCACAAACCCGAUCACCUUCUCAAAUUGCAGCAACAAGCCAAUCAACCGCCAGACGGCCAACUUGGAGGGCAGCCCUUUUGCGUAUUCCACCGAGAACGUGUUCACUGCAGUUGGUUGUGGUUUUAUGGCCACGAUCACCUCAAACUCAACUGGCUACUCCAUUUCAAGUGGAUGCAAGUCCGAGUGUGACAAUUCCAUAAAUAAGAGUAACGGUACCAGGCAUAAUGUAUGCAACGGUGUGGACUGCUGCCAGACAGCCAUCCCUUCAUUUCUCUCUGCUUUCAAUACGAGUUUCCAGCGUGAUGACGACAAUACACGAAGUUCAUGCAAUUACGCAUUCUUGGUAGACCGCGAAUGGUUUCAGGGGUAUGCCAACAAUUUAACAAACACUUCUGCCAUCAGCGAAAGGGACAAUAUUCCUGUGGUGCUUGAAUGGAAAAUGUUUCAUUCCACAACUGAAGUGUUUGGAACCUCUUUGGAAGUAAAUGCAACGAUGACAAGCGAGGACCCAAUCCGGCCUCAGUGUGAUAGCUACAAUGACAACUCUUCCGCAUAUGGAUCCUCAAGGCUUGAAUGUACCUGCGGAGGGGGCUUUGAAGGAAAUCCCUAUCUUCUCGACGGAUGUCAAGACAUCAAUGAAUGUGAGGUUGGCAAGCAUGAAUGUCCCGAGCACCUAGUUUGUGUGAAUAUUCCUCACGGGUACGCAUGCAUGAAUCCUCCGAAGAGCAAAUCUCCGGUCAGAGCCGUCAUUAUAGGUAUCGGCAGUGGUCUUGGAUUCUUGUUACUGCUCCUUGGUGCCUGGUGGUUGCAUAAACUCAUAAAGAAAACAAAAGCCAUUAAACGCAAGAAGAAGUUCUUUGAACAAAAUGGUGGUAUACUAUUGGAGCAACAACUGGCGGCUGGUGAAGUAAAUGUUGAGAAAAUUAAGUUGUUCAAUUCACAGGAGUUAGAGAUAGCCACAGACCAUUUUAACAUCGAUAGAAUUCUUGGCCAGGGAGGCCAAGGUACUGUUUACAAAGGAAUGUUGACGGAUGGAAGAAUUGUUGCUGUAAAGAAGUCUAAAUUAGUUGAUGGGGGCGAAGUUGCGCAGUUCAUUAACGAAAUUGUCAUUCUUUCGCAAAUUAACCACAGGAAUGUCGUUAAACUGUUGGGUUGCUGUUUAGAGACAGAAGUGCCUCUCUUGGUUUAUGAAUUCAUACCGAAAGGGACUAUCUACCAAUAUCUCCACGAAGAAAAUGAGGAGUUUUUAUUUACGUGGGAAAUGCGCUUAAGGAUUGCUGCUGAAGUUGCAGGAGCUCUUUCAUACUUACAUUCAGCAGCAGGUUUUCCAAUUUACCACAGGGACAUCAAGUCUACAAACAUACUCUUAGAUGAUAAAUACAGAGCAAAAGUUGCAGAUUUCGGGACUUCAAGAUCGGUUUCCAUUGACCAAACCCACCUCACCACAAUAGUACAUGGCACCUUCGGGUACUUGGACCCAGAGUACUUCCAAUCAAGUCAGUUUACAGAUAAGAGUGAUGUGUAUAGCUUUGGAGUUGUCCUUCUUGAGCUAUUGACUGGGGAAAAAUCUGUUUCUCUAACAAGGUCACCAGAAAUCAGAGGCCUAGUUACAUAUUUUAAUUUUACAAUGGAAGAGAAUCGUCUGUUUGAUAUUAUUGAUGCUCGAGUUAAGGAGGAGGGUGCAACGGAAGACAUAUUGUCAGUUGCUAACCUCGCAAACAGAUGCUUGGAUAUGAGUGGAAAGAGACGGCCUACGAUGAAAGAAGUGGCAAUGGAGUUGGAGAGGAUUCAAAAAUCGGUCAAGUCUUCUAAUAAUCUGCAACAAAAUUACGAUGAGGUCGAAUAUGUUAGAAAUGAAGUAACUGGUCCUUGGGAUGUUACAUCGACAGGGUCGUGUUUGGCUGGAGGUACUACUGCGUCAAAAGAUUCACUACCACUACUAUCUUACUGAUCACGACGACCAGCAAUUGGUGGAAACUGGAGAUUUCCCUGAUCUUGUUUUCGAAGCAAGAAAAUUUUUUUUUUUUCUGGUUUUAAUCGACUUGUUUAGUGGUGUCUGUAUGCUCCGAUUGUUCUUGAUGUUUUAUGUGCUAAUAAUUUUGACGUGUCCGACAGUUUUAGCUUC